UGGCUGGCUGCCACAGCUGCCACCCUGCAGCCGCCGCUCACCAAGGACAUCUCGCAUCGGAUCAGGUCGCUGCCAGGCAAAGCACCGUAUACCCCAUCUCCACCACCCUCCUCACCACUCUCACCAAAAUGGCCUCCAUCGCCCGCAUCGUCGCUCGUCGCGGCUACGCCACCGCCUCGUCGGUCAAGGCGCCCCUUCAGCUCAACUCGCUGACCGGCACCUACGCGACCUCGGCCUACCUUGCGGCGCUCAAGAAGUCGUCCAAGGAGCUUGAGACUCUUGCCAAGGAGAUCGAUGCCUUCGGCCAGAAGCUCAAGACCGACGAGAAGCUUGCCGCCCUCAUCCAGAACCCCACCCUCUCGGCACUCGAGCGUCAGGCCGCCCUCGACAAGGUCGUCCCCAAGUCGUCUCCCUACCUCGCCAACCUUCUCGCGGUUCUCUCGGAGAACGGCCGCCUCUCGUCCGCCGAGAAGGUCUUUGCCGACUUUAACACCCUCAUGUCCGCCUACCGGGGAGAGCUCGAGGUCGUCGUCACCUCGGCCGAGCCCCUCGACUCCAAGACCAUGGGCCGCCUCGAGAAGGCGCUCAAGGGCUCGGCCCUCGCCGACGGCAAGACCCUCAAGUUCACCAACAAGGUCAACCCCUCGGUCCUCGGCGGUCUCCUUGUCGACAUUGGUGACAAGACCAUCGACGCCACUGCUGCCACCCGUGUCAACCGCUACAACGCCGCUCUUGCUCAGGGCGUGUAAUGGUUAGAAUGAUUAUCCUAGGGUGGAGAAUGAAUAGCAU